GCACUCUUGUAUCCUAGCAACGCGAGGAAUAUACCAUCUGCCUGCGGUCCGGUCAACACCUACAACUUAUACAUUAAAACUAACCUAUAUUUUUUAACCGUAUGCAUGUUUAAAUAUAUUGUAAGUAUAGAUAUGCCUCCUCGUACGCAUUAGUGGUAAUAUAAUGACUUUGGUGGUCAUAUUUAGCUUUAAUGUGAUCUGAAGCCCGCACGGACACCCCUCUUCACGUUGGAAUUAGACCCGUCCGGCACAUCGAGCUUCCGCUCACAAACAGCGGGACGCUGAAAAGCCCAUGGAGAACUUCAUCCUGUACGAGGAGCUCGGGGCAGGCCCUCGCUCUGUGGUCUACAAAGGAAGAAAGAAAGGCCGUCUCAACUACGUGGCCAUCGUCUGCGCCGACAAAGCCAAGAGACCCGAGAUCACCAACCAUGUGCGGCUCAGCCAAGAUCUGGAUCAUCCCAACAUCGUAUGCUUCUACGAGUGGUACGAGACGAGUAACCACCUGUGGCUGGUCGUGGAGCUCUGUACAGGCGGUUCCCUGCAGUCUAUAAUUGGUCACGAUGGAGGCCUUCCAGAAGACGUGGUGAGGCGGUUUGGAUGGGACUUGGUCAAAGGACUGAAAUACAUGCAUGAGUUGGGAAUCAUCUUCUCUGACUUGACCCCCGCUAAGAUCCUUCUGGAUGGAAGUGGCACCUUGAAGUUUGGUAACUUCUGUCUGUCCAAGGCCGACGGAGAGACUCUGGAGGAUGUCUUCACCAUGCACUCUUCAUCGGAGGAGGCAGGAGAAGAAGAUGGAGAGGAGAGUCUUCCCCACACACGGACAAGAUCAGAGGGUCCUCCAGCUUACAGAGCUCCAGAGGUGUUGAAGGGCUCAGAAACCAACAUGAGAUCAGAUCUCUGGGCCUUGGGCUGCACUCUCUACUACAUGUUUACUGGUAAACCUCCGUUCUAUUCUGAGAGCUCCGCUGACAUCACAGAGAUGAUCUUACAUCAGGAGCCACCACCUCCCAGACCGACAGUGCUCUCAGCCAGUCCUCCCAGUGAGGACUUCCUGAAUAUUCUGCAACGCUUGCUCAACAAAAACCCAGAUGAGCGGAUGGACUGGCCAGAGUUGUUGGGCCACUCGUUCUGGACUCAAGUACAAAUGGAGGAAGAAGAAGCAGCAGAAGAAGUAGAGGAGGAUGAAGGAGGGGAAAUCAGUAGCUGCGAGGGCGUCGUUAAAGCCAGCUUAAGACACACGAGGAUCCCAGACUCUUUCCCUCCUGGACAUGCAGGCCAGCUUUCCAACGCCCAGACGCCCCGGAGGAUGUCCAAGAAACUAAUCUCAUCACGGGCAACAACUCACAGGCCGUCUGACGGGAAGACUGACAGCCAAUCAGCUGUCAGACACACCGCCGGCGGAGCUCCGAGGAACAACCAGAGCAGGGAGACGGAGACGGAGAGAGAGAGAGAGGCAGAAGAGGAGCCACAGCUAGCGGGGGCCCAGCAGAGGCACCACACACUGCAGCCGGAUACGUCCUUCAUGCUCGAGAACCUAUCGGAGCUCAGGCCAAAGAGCGGCGUGGACGAGGACAACACGGAGGCCAUUUUCCUGCUCAGCUCCUGCACCACCUCAAGGAGGAGCUGCAGCGUCUCAGACUCCCUGAACCAAACCCAUGCAGCUCAGGCCGGGACCGCCACUGACCUCCCGGCCUCCGUGAAAGCUCUUCUCCACACGGACUCUGACCUGAUAGUUACCCAAGUCAUGGACAACCCCAAGAUCCUCAAGAGUCCUCCGGUGAGGUUUGAUCCCAGAACCCUGUGUGUGCCGGCGCAUUCAGUUGAGAAGCUGCGGUCCCUGAGUGAUGAAGAGUGGACGGUCUUCCUCUCGCAGCUGUGUUCAUCUCUUGAAGAACAGAGCUCUUCCACUCCUCCUCCUCCUCCUCCUCCUCUUCUUCCUCCCUCCACAGCAAAUCGCUCCAGGCUCAACCUGCUGUGCUACCUGUGCUGCGUCGUGGGACAUAAAGUCAUCGCUAACAGGCUGCUGAACUCAGCGCUGCUUCCUGUACUGACGCAACAGUUACGACAAGCUGCCAACUGGGAUGUACGGAGCAAAGUCCUCAGAGUGAUUGGUCUCCUGGCUCUGCACUGCACUGAAUUGGGAGUGGACACCCCGGUUUCUGAGGCCGUGUCCUCGAUGACCGACCUCCUGAGGGAAAACCUGAGGAACAGCAAAGUCAAGCAGUUCCUGCUGCCGCCACUAGGGGAGCUGCUCUACCUCAUCGCCUCUCAGGAGCAGAAGAGAGGCUCCCCAGAGGGCCUGUGGUUCGUUCCCGCUGCCGCCUACACCGGCUUAAUGAGGAGCCUGCGGGAAGGGGACGAUCCCGUAGUUCAUCACAUGGCCGCUAAAGCCAUAGAGAACAUAUCCACGGCGGUCUCUGGCUCCUCCCACCACCUGGUUACCACGGAGAUAGGGUCCGCCCUGUGGUACCUGUUCACCCACUCCACCGUGGAGGCCGUCAGGGUCACGGCCAUUUCUGCUCUCUCCAGGCUCACCAAGGUGGCCCCGGCCGUCUUCUUGGCGGUGGUCGACGCCUGUGGCCCCGAGGCCAUUCUGGAGGCCGCGGGCGGCGCCGGGGCCCGAGUCCAGCAGCACCUCCUCACCGCCAUGGCCGCCGCCCUCCUCUCCUCCAGCAUCCACACGCACCGCGUCUCACAGAGCCGGGGUUUGGUGCUGAAGGUUCUGAGCUGUCUGGAGAGCCCGUCCACCGUCACGAGAGCCAAGACGCUGCUGCUGCUGCUGCUGCUGCUGCAGGACGACACACACACACUGCUCUACUGCUGCCAACACAGACUCGUGACGCAGCUGGAGAGAGACCUGCGCAAAGCCACGCCCCUCAGAGAGAAGCCCGGCCAAUCAGGAUACCUGCCCCAGUGUCUGCAUGUACUGGUUGGAUACCUGAGUGGCACUGCACUGCUAAUACUGGAGGAGGUGCUCAGUGCUCUCCGAGGUGUGAUGGGGAGGAAGCACCCGACCUCGGCUCAGGCCCGACGGCUGAAGCAGACGCUGCCUCUGAUGUCUGUGGUGCUGGAGCUGCUCACCUGUCAGGUCCUCAGAUGUCGAAUCGUCUCUGAAGAGUUCGUAUCUCAGAUUGGACUCCUGCUGGAUGACAUCACCUCUAUCGAGUCCAAUGAGACCAACCUGAGCAGUGCGCUGGGUGCAGAAGUGUGUGAGGAGUUGAUUAAGACCGCCUUGUCCGUCGUGGAGGUGCUGAGUCAGCACCACGCGCUCAUCGCUCCACAUCACAGGGCGGUGGUGGCUGCCGUCCUGCCGCCUCUCACCUCACUGGCCUUCAGCAGCAACGUGGAGUGGUGUGUGUUUGUUUUGAGGGUUCUCUCUGAGCUCAGUCUGGUGCUGCUGCUCCAGGAGAGCGAUGGAACUGAGGAUGAGCAGACGGAGGAGCAGACGGACGGAAGAGAGGAAGAAGGAAGAAGAGAAGGAGGAAGAGGAGAAGGAAGCUCCUGUAAUCAAAUCGCAGCUCUCAUUUCUAAAUCUCUGCUGCCCAGGUACGAGUCUCUCCUCCGAGCCGCCGAGCCGAUCCCCCUGUACGCCCUCAAGCUGCUGGCGGCCAUCACGCAGCACAGCGCGCAGAUCUGCAGGCUGAUCAAACACAGUCGUCUUCUACCGACCAUCCUUCAACUCAUUAAGGCCAACAGCAGCUGUGUGGCCGGUGGGCUGGUCCAGACUGCCCUCGCCUUGUUGGUCAAUGUGUCUGGAGACCUGGACCUGGAGCCUCAGUGCCAACGAGGCCUCGUCGAGGUGGUACUGAGCACCCUCUCCGAGGCUGCACCCGUCUACCUGGAUGGAGAGGUGCAUGCUGGGAGGAACAACAGCCACCUGGUGUUCCAACCCGUCCUGGAACUGCUCCACAACAUCCUGAAACGGACAUCUGGAGUGGUCCGCUCGGCGCUGCAGAGCCAGAGGCUAUCUUGUCCAGCGGUGGACGUGGAGGCAGCAGAGAAGCUGCUCCUGGAAAACAGACCCCUGAGCCAACUCGGCACACUCCUCAUUCACAUGCUGUGCAGUGAUCAGGUCAAGUGGGAGGAGCCUCAGCAGGUCAUGUGGGAGGAGCCUCUGCAGUGCCUCUCUCUGCUGGUGCAGCUGUACGGAGGAGACGGCUGUGACGGCCUCGCUGCUUCCUGCCUGCAGCGCUUCUCACACACACUGAACACACACACACACACACAGCCCCCCCGAGUCCAACGCACAACCCUCAGGAUCAUCAAACGACUGGUGCAGACCACCGAGCGAUCCGAUUGGUCAGAAUGUCCUGAAGGAGCGGAGCUGAUUGGUCGCCUGCAGGACAUGACGACGGCCGACAGGUGACUCUCCAUCUCCUCCUACCUCAGGUGACCAUCUCCUCCUCCCUCAGGUGACUCUCUCCUCCUCCUCCCUCAGGUGUCCGGGUGACAUCGUUGCUCUGGCUGCUGAGAUCCUCCAGGAGAUCUGACCCUUGACCUCAGGAUGCUCAGGACUGGACUUUAGUUUCUCCUGACGACCUUCUUGAUAAAUCGGCUUCUUUCACGAUGAGUCGGUGAAUAUUAAAACGCUUGUCGAUAUCGA